AUGCGUGGAAAGAAUUUGCAACCUUUUACGUUGAUUAAUCGAAAUAAAUAUCAUUCACCAAAACUGAUUCAAUUUGGCCUCACAGAUAUGCCGCAAUAUCCUGGCGGAAAUUGGCAUUGGAAACACAAUAAAUGGAUAUUCUAUGCAAGCCGUGGAAAUCGUCCAUACAUGGAAGAUCGUAUGCAUUAUCUGAACGAUCCACGUCAUAAUCUCGCUAUAUUCAGUAUUUUUGAUGGACAUGGCGGCCCGUUCGUAUCACAGUAUCUCGAAGAACACUUCUCGGCUGCAAUACGACGACGACUUUUACGUGGUGGCUCUAAGCGUCAGCCAAGUCUCACAGGACAUUCAAAUGAUCAUAUCAUUGAGGCAAUAAUUACCGAAGUUCACAAUAUCGACGAUGAAAUUUUGAGGUUACAUCCAUCGCUCAGCUCAUUGACAGGUUCAACGCUAAUUUCAGUAAUAUUGGAGCGUAACCGUUUCUUAACCGUUGUAAAUAUUGGUGAUUCUCGUGCGGUUGCAUGUGAUGUCAAAGGUCAUGCCAUACCACUUUCAAUUGAUCACAAACCAUCUGAUGUUCGAUAUCUUCGUUACUUUCUUCUUUUUUUUAUAAAGCAUGCAGCACGCUAUUUUUUAAUUUAA